AACUACUUUUCCCUUCUCCACACCGUGGCCACUCUAUCUCCCUUUCCAACAUUCAUACUAUUUGGCAGUCUUCCUUCUUGUUUCUGGGAAAUGGGAAAUCAAGAAAAACACAGUAUUAUUAUGGCUCCUUUUGGAAAGAUAGCAGCAAUAUUGGGACUUAUGAUUUUGGGCACCAUGAUUAGUUCCAACACAGUCUCUGCCGGUGACCCAGAUUUGCUUCAAGAUGUCUGUGUUGCUGAUCUCAACUCAACUGUGAAGGUGAAUGGAUUCGCCUGCAAGAAGAGUUUCACGGCGGAGGAUUUCUCGUCAAUGGCGAUAGCGAAGCCGGGAGCCACCAACAACACAAUGGGGGCGGUGGUGACGGGGGCAAAUGUCGAAAAAGUCCCUGGACUCAACACCCUAGGCGUCUCCCUCUCCCGCAUUGACUACGCCCCCGGCGGGCUGAACCCUCCCCACACGCACCCACGCGCCACCGAGAUGAUCUUCGUGCUGGAGGGCGAACUGGACGUGGGCUUCAUCACCACCGCCAACGUUUUGGUCUCCAAGCAUAUUACCAAGGGCGAGGUGUUUGUGUUCCCCAGGGGGCUGGUCCAUUUCCAGAAAAACAACGGGGAUGUUCCGGCCGCCGUGAUUGCCGGGUUCAACAGCCAGCUGCCGGGAACACAGUCGAUCGCCGCCACCCUGUUCGCGGCGUCGCCGCCUGUCCCGGAUAACGUGUUGACUAAGGCGUUCCAAGUUGGGACGAAGGAGGUGGAGAAGAUCAAGUCUAGGCUCGCUCCCAAGAAGUAAAUUAAACACUUGCGAUGAAUUGAAGCACUUUAAUUUUCAUUUUAUUUGUGUUUGUUUAUUAUUAUUAUUAUUAUUAUUAUUAUUCUAUAUUGAUGAUUUGAUGAAGACUCUUGGAUGAAGACUUUGUUGUUUCAAUCAUUGUAAGUCAUUUUUCCUUUCAAUUUGCUAACAAUAAUAAAAUCACAAGCACCCCAAUC